AAAAUAAAACUAAUAUAAAUAAACUAUAUACUCUAUUAAUUUAAAAAUAUAAAAUCUUGUACUCUUGCUCCCCUUCAAAAAUUUAUCUGCAAGUUUCCCAACUUCCCUGAAGAAGAAGAGACGGGAACGAAGUAAUGGCUGAUGCUGCAGUGGGUUCUUUAGUCAAGAAACUUGGUGAUCUGAUAGUGCAAGAAGGCAGCAAUUUGUAUGGAGUGAGAGAUGAAGUGGAGUGGUUGGAACGAGAACUGCGGCGAAUGCAAGACUUCUUAAAGGAUGCAGAUGCAAAGAAGAACAAGGGAGAUGAUGAGAGGGUGAAGAACUGGGUCACAGAGAUGAGAGACCUUGCUUUUGAAGCUGAGGACAUCAUUGACACUUUCAUGUAUUCCAAGCUGCGUAGACAACAGCCUGGUUGCAUGGGUUUCAUCAAGAGGUUUGUAUCUAUAUUUGAUGAAUUGGUCAGUAGACACAAGGUUCAUGUGGAUGUUAAGGGGAUAAAAUCUAAGUUGCAUGAGUUAUCUGAAAGUAGAGAAGUAUAUGGCAUUUCUAAUAUUUGUGCAACUUGUCAGUCCAGAAGUCCAGGUGAGAUCCCUAUAUUGCCUCAACUGAGAGAUGACAUUGAUAUGGUUGGCUUUGUUGAUGAGAAGAAAACAAUUGUGCAAGAGCUGGUCGACACAAGCAAAAAACAUCAAUCAGUGAUAUCUAUAGUUGGUAUGGGUGGUCUUGGAAAGACCACACUUGCUAAAUCCAUUUAUAAUGACCCUAGAGUCAAGAGAAGUUUUGAUAUAUUUGCAUGGGUAAUCAUAUCUCAAGAAUGUACCAUCCUUGACAUUUUGAAUAAAAUCUUGUUAGAAAAGUUAGAAACUUCACCAGGGGAUACAAUUGAAUCUCUCUCGGUUAAAGUUUUUGAAAAAUUGAAGAAAGGCAGGUACUUGGUGGUUCUUGACGAUGUUUGGAGAGAAAAUGUAUGGGAUCAAUUACAAAAGGUUUUCCCAGAUGAUCAAAAUGGAAGUAGAGUUAUUAUCACUACUCGCUUCAUAAAUGUUGCUAAGAUUGCAAAUCCUACCACCGAACCACAUGAAUUGCGUUGCUUAGAUGAAAAGGAGAGUCGGGCGUUGUUUCUGCGCAAGGUCUUCCCAAAUCAAAAUAUUGAAACAUGUUGCCCAACAUAUUUGGUUGAUUAUGCUCAUCAACUUGUUCAAAGGUGUGGAGGUCUACCACUAGCACUAGUAGUUCUUGGAGGAUUUGUCUCAACGAAACCACAAACCCAAGAUGCAUGGCGGAAAGUUGUUGAGAGCAUGAAUGGGCAAUUUGUGGAAUGUGGAGAAAGGUGUUUAGAAAUAAUUGCAUUGAGUUACAAUAAUUUGCCAUAUUAUUUGAAAUCAUGUUUUCUUUAUUUUGGUUGCUUCAAAGAGGACUGGACUAUUUCUUCAGAAAUAUUAAUUAGAUUGUGGUUGGCAGAAGGUUUCUUACCAGUAAAAGAUGGUAAGACCACAGAAGAAGUCGGAUUGGAUUGUCUGGAGGAUUUGGCACAAAGAUGCAUGGUCCAAAUUACUAGCCGGGAAUAUGAUGGUAGUGUAUAUUGUUGCCAAAUCCAUGAUGUCUUGCGUGAUAUGUGCAUCAAGAAAGCCAAAGAGAAUAGAUAUUUUGAAAUCUACAAGAAUAAUGACACUGUAGAUAAUGUGACAAUGUCAAAUGCAGCCCGACGAAUAAUCGUAUGUAAUGAGGUUGCCAUUCUAAACUAUUCUAACUCAAUGUUGCGGGGUCUAUUCUACGGUGUCUAUGGAUCUUAUAAUCGUCUGGCUUUUAGGGCUUUGAAAGGCCAGCUUGGCAGAUUUAAAUUAUUAAGAGUGCUUUGUUUGCAUACUAAGGGUAUUUCAGAAUUUCCAAGUGAAAUCAAAUCAUUAAUUCAUUUAAGAUAUCUUGGGUUCAGUGAUGAGUUCAGUGAUGAGUUCAGUGAAGAUGUGAAUCUGAAGGAAAUUCCAUCAUGGAUUUGUCAUCUCCAUAAUCUCCAGACUUUUAUUCUGUCUUGUAGAAAUUUAGAAAAGAUAUCAGAUUCACUUUGGACAAUUGGCAAUCUCAGGCAUGUUAAGCUACCAAUGUCAUCAAGGGUUCCUCCUCCAAAUAUGGGAAAUAAUGUACCAAAGAAUUUGCAGACUUUAAAAGGGAUAAAUGCUGGAUCAUGGAUAGGGAAUGCACUUCCAAAACUCACAAACCUAUGCGAAUUGAGCAUUAAUGAAGUCUUUAAUGAUCAUGGCGAUGCUCUAUCUUCAUCACUCCAGAAAUUGGGUCGUCUUGCCUCCUUAUCUAUAUACAGUGCCUCUUUUUCUAUACACGGACGAGCAAUUUGUUUGGACAACAACAUCAUUACAGCCUUUUCCAAUCAACACUGCCUCAAGAAAUUGGUUCUCUGGGGAAGUUUGAACCGCAAACAUCUUCCACACAAUGAUGUAUUUCCUCAACAACUAGUGAAACUAAAGUUGGGUGGGUCUGGAUUGGAGCAAGACCCAAUGGCAACACUAGAGAAGCUGCCAUGUCUCAAAUAUCUAGAAUUAUGGCAUGACUCAUAUGUAGGCAAACAUAUGAUAUGUUCGGCAACAGGUUUCCCUCAACUGUUAUCCUUGCGCAUUGUAGUUCUUACGGAACUUGAGGAGUGGACGAUAGAGGAGAUGGCAAUGCCAUGCCUCAAGUUUUUGGAGAUCUACAAUUCUCGUAGGUUGAAGAUGAUUCCAGAAGGACUGAAGAAUGUGCCACUUGAUCAAUUGGAAGUUAUUCAAAUGCCUAAAAAAUUCAUUACUAGGAUGAAGGAGAAGACAGGAGAAGACUGGUACAAGAUACGACAUGUGCCCAACAUUCGUAUGAAAAUCUGGAGAACCUGAUGAAGAAAUUGCUGAAGAAAUUAAUAAUAUAUAGGAGCGGCAUGCGUGAGGAGUGCUUUUGGACUUCAAAGGAACUCCAUAUUAAGUCAGCAAGCAAGGGAGCAUACAUGCAUGAAGUUUCUUAUAUAUGAACUCUGCUUCAAUAAUUGAUGUUUUGUGGAUGUCUGUGAUUUUAUUCAUGUAAUGUUAUUUGGGUUUGAUACUUUGUGGUUAUAUGCCCAGACAUAUAUGUGUGUAUUUGUGGCUUUAUUUUGUAACGUCAUUUUAUAUCUAUUUAAGUGUGUGACA